AUGAAAAACAUUGAAGAUGAACUAAAAGCAUUGAGAGAUUCUGAAAACAAGCCACCACCCACUCUUGCAGAUCUAGAGAACAUAGCCAAGAAGAUCUCCAAUCCAGAUUAUUGCAAAGACAUUAAGGUAAAAUCCUUUGUAACAAGACUUCUUCCAGAAUGCUACUCAGCAUUCACAUUCAAUAAUCUGGAUGUCAAAAAUUUCCAUGAAGAAACGCUUUUUUUUAUUUUCUAUGCUCUUCCAGAAUCUGAAUUACAGGUCAAGGCGUACAACGAGCUUAUAAUUAAGGGUUUUGCAUUUAGCAAAACAUUGAAUGCCUUUGUUUUUUUUGCAGAUCCAAAAAUUGCAGAUAAUAAGAAAAGAAGCAUACUUGUCUUUGAUCCUUUUUUGUGGGAAAAAGUCUACAGAGAAACUGUAUUUGAUGAGAAGUUUAUCUCAACUCUUGAGCACCUUGUGGAGUGCAAAUACGACGAGGAGCCGUGA